AUGUCUCUGCCUGGACUGUCGCAGCCUGUCACGCUGCACUCCAGCCGGGACACUGGCAUGUGCAUGCUCACCCCCGAGCAAUGCGCCUACAAGCAGCGCCACUGGUUGUUCUGGUACGAGGCCGACCACAGGUACGCCUUCCCGACUCUCGCCUUGUUCUUGUGUACAAUCAUCGUCUUCGCCGUCGUCCACACCCUCGACGCCUACGGCCCGAACAGCUGGACGCAGAGCAAGCUUCGGAGGAGAGCGGCCGCCGCGACGCGAUGGGCCUCCCUAUCGGCGCUGGCGGGUCCGGUCCUCGCCACCAAGGCCAACCUCACCGCUAGUCUGAUCGGCACAUUCCACGAGAACCUACUUGUCUGGCACAACUGGGUCGCCUGGGCCAUGCUCAUCCUCGCCUUGUUCUACAACUUUCCCUUUAUCGUGCAGGGCAUCCACGCCGGCGAUACUGCCUGGCUGACCUUCUUCUCUCUCCGCUGGCUGCGCGAGCGGUACUACGAGAUCUUCAAGAUGACGCGCUUUUUCGCCGCGCUCAUCUUUAUCCUCUUCUUCUUCUUCCUCCACUGCGACGGCAUCUUCACCUCCUGGGACUACUUCAUCGCCGCCGCUGCCCUCCCUCACAAGGAAUGGCUGGCCCUCGGGGGCGAAGAGACGCUCAAGAUCGCCAUUGACACCACCGUCGAGUGGACGCCCGGCCAGCACACCAACCCCGGCACCACGGUACGCGUACUCCUCGACGGUCCGUACGGCGGCAUGCAGAGCCGAUGGUACAGCGGCUUCGACCACGCGGUUGUCAUUGCCGGUGGUGCCAGCGCCGGGUUCACCCUCGGUUUGGUUGAGGACUUUGUCGCCCGGUGCACGUUGACAGCAGCAGUCGCGCAAGACCGCAAUUUGACACUGGUCCUGUCAUCACGCGAUCUCGAGCUGAAGAGAUGGUACCUAGACGCCAUCGCGGCGCUGCUGGACGCACAGCAGACGAAGGAGGGAAACAAGGAGGCGGCACGGAUAGCGGGCUUGACUAUUCACAUCCACCACACUUGCAUCGCGCACGGUUCGCCCGCGGACAGCAGCGAGGACAACAGCUUGCCUGCCAAGGUCUGGCUUCCAUGA